AUGCAGUCCAUUGUACUAGUCACACUUUUCGCCGCGGUCGCGUUUGCCGCGCCGCAGGCGCCCACAGAACCCAUACCCAUCCUCCGACAGGACAGCCAAGUCAAUGGAGACGGCUCCUACCAAUACUCGUUCGAGACCGGCAACGGCAUCAGCGCCGACCAGAAGGGAGAGCUGAAGAAGGUGGGCGAAGUGGACGCGCUCGAGGUCCAGGGGCAGUUCAAGUACCCCGGCGACAAUGGUGACAUCCAGCUGACGUACACCGCUGACGAGAACGGCUACCACCCUCAGGGGGACCACCUCCCCACCGCCCCACCGGUGCCCGAGGCCAUCCAGCGCGCCCUCGACUACCUCGCCACCGCCCCGCCCCAGCCUGAGAACCAACAGUGA